AACGAGGUCUUGCGAACGCCUCGGCGAGAACCAUCGAGUGCCGCUUCUUGUAUUUAGUUCAACAGCUUGCCAUUAGCGCUGUUGGCACUUCCGUCGCAUUCGAUGGCUAUGGGUGGCUAUGGCGGCCAGGAGCAGAGCGCGCUAGUGUAGUGGUGUAGUGAUACCUCCUCUCUUUUCCUACUUGCACAGUUUUUUUUUGAUCGUGAUAUGGUUAUGUUGUAAUUUAAUGUUUUCGUUCUUUUAGUGUAUUGAAAAAUCUUCCUUUUCACUGAGCGCGUUUUUAUUACUGAAGAGAUUUUUGUGCCUUUUUUCGGGUUCGACCUUUAGACAAUACUUAAGUGGUUUUAACAAACAAAUAAUUUUAAAUAUGACGGCGCCAAUGGAAAAGAUACAGAUUUUGGACACUAUUGAAAAAGACAUAAUAACGUGCCUUCAAAGUGCAGGGCAAGCUUUGAUGGAACUGAGUAAGGAAAAAUCAAGUGUGAAACAGGCAGAAGUACAAACUCAUCAGUUUUUGAAAACUUUGGGGCUUGUCGAAUCAAAAUUGACAGAACAAAUUAAUUAUCUGACUCAAGUAUCAACAGGGCAGCCACAUGAAGGUUCUGGCUAUGCUUCGCAGAAAGUGCUCCAGAUGGCUUGGCAUCGUUUGGAACAUGCCAGAAGCAGAGUAAAUGAGUUGGAACGCAUUAAAAACAAGCAUUUGCAAGGCAGAACUCUAUUGAGACCUCAGCAGCCACAGUCACAGCAAAUGAGUCAGGGUCAACAAAAUGGUGUUCAGCAGAUGGGUUCGUCCCAUUCCGGUACCACAGGAUGAAGUUGAUUUAAGUGGUGGUUUCACAUGUUGUCUACUAGGGUCUCAUAUGAUGCAGGCUAUUAAAAUUGUUUAUGUGCAAGUAACUGAUUUUUCUGUACUGUGGGAGAGUUAAUAUUUAUAAUAAAAUUAUUCUUAUAUAUGUUGCCAUAAAGUAUUAAAUGAUAAAUAUCCUUCGUAUUGCUGUGUGUCAGUUUGUGUGAUUUUUAUUGACUCAGUGGUGAGACAAGGCUCUUGAUAUAUCAAAUUAGAACAAAAUGGAAACGUUUGUUUUUAAAAUUUUUGUUCUUUGUCUAGCUUAGGUAAUGCAUGCAGAAAGUUCAUCUGCUGCCAAAAAGAGACACAUAGUUUAUUAAAAUCAUAAUGCUUUCUUAUUUAUAUUUUUGAAGCAAUAGUGCAUUUGUAUGAAGUUCUGAAUAAAUGGGUUUAACUUUUUCUGAAAAGAUGUGGAGAGAAAGGAAUAUGUGAAACUAUGGCAAAGCAAAAAUGAACUGGUGUGGAAGGUUAGUUAUUUAUUCUAUGCGAGUGUAUCAUUAAAGUUUUUUCCAUAUGCAAAACUGUUGCUUUUUCCUCCCCUUAUGUUCAUUUUACUUAACCUUCUGCACUCUGGAGCUAUUUACUAUCAAUUUGUGCUGUCAGAAGGAAUCAAUGUGAUGACAAAUCCAUAAUGGAUCUUGACUCGUGUACUGGACACUUAGUUGCUGCCCUGUCACUCAAAAGGCAUCUCCUAUUCCUCGUUUAACUCGAAAGGUUUCUAUGAGAUGACGCUUUUAAUGUGCUAUUUUUCGAGAUAUUGAUGCAAUAAUGAAUUAAAAUUCUUUUGUAAUCUGAAAUCGAUUUUGUGAGAUACAAUUAUCUUUGCUGCCACUUGAAACAGUCUUGUAAGAUGCAAAUAGGAAAAACUGUGUGGUUUGCGAGUUCCGGUGAUCUGCGUGAAUGUCUGGCCUAUGAGAUGAGGACAUAUCUUAAUUCAUUUUUUUGUGAACACAAUGAGGGGAACAACAUAUUCUCACAUUUAUUACAACAAUAAAGAUUUUUUAAAAUAAAAAACAGUAACUGGAUGUGUUCAUGCAGUAUAUUUGGGUAUAUAAUUCAACUUGGGCAGUGUUCUAGAGCUUUACAUCCUAUAAUCUGUUUAUUUUUCUUUGUAUGAAGUCUUCCAGUGGUAGGAAGAGCAAUCGUUGCUGAGCGAACAGACCUACUGCUGGCGUAUGUAUACUGAACCAGAGCACCAUUAGAGUUUGGCAUCUAAGAGAUGCUGUACGACAGAAACCUCGUCUAUGACCUCAAGCUAGCGUAACAUUUUGCAAUGUCAUCUCUCAGAUGCCUGCACAAAGGGUUAAAGAAGUCCAUUUUUAUCAGUGGUAAAGUGAGGGAUGCAAAUUUGCUACUAUGUACCCACUGAAAGAAAAAUACAAGAAAAAGAUGAAUGGAAUGGAAUGUUUUUUUUAUUCAAUUAAGUGUUUGUUUUGGGUAUUCAAGGAUGACAGCAUUCCCACAAUUACCAUAUUCAGAAGACUGGCACUCUAUGGAAACAAGGGCCCAGAUGCAGAAGAUUCACAGGGGCUCCUUACUUCGAAAGUUCACCCUCACAAAUAUAAAAGUUUUAUUAGUUAUUCAAGCAAUACAUAGUUUUAUAAUGUUCAGAGUUAAUUGCUGAGUAACUCUUGCAGGAUCAGCUUACAGGGAAAAGUUACUUCCUUUAUCCUGCUGCCAUGAUUGUGCCUCAGUAUUAUACUGUUAGGGUCAUUUGUAUUGAGUUAAAUGUAAUUGUUAAACUGUGGAAGAGGAAAGUCAGUCCCAAAAGUGUGCAUCAAAGAAAGGAUGAUCACAGAAUGUCAAUAAAGGUGAGAAACUCUGUAGCUAUUCAUUACAAAUUGACUCAUUCCCUUUCUGGCUGCCAUCUACCGGCGUUGAAGGGAAUACCAAUUCUCAUGCAGCAGCUUCCUUCAGUUUUUUUUCUUCUCCUGUUAGUCUUCGCAACACGCCUCUGAAUCCUGAUUGGGCAUUAUGAACCUGGAAUAAUCCUCCCUGAAGUUUGUCUUGUCACAUCGCAGUCAGUCUUUUAUCCUUUUAGCUAAGGGCUCAGCACUUUUAGUAAUCACGGUCCGCCGACCUAGGAAUCCGAGGUGUCGUGAGUUGCUGAACUUCCGAGGCUUCACUUCCACAAUUCGACGCGUCAUGACGAUGUUGGAAUUUGCAGUGAACGCUUCCCCUUGCUCUCCAACCACAACGCCUAAGUAGCCCUUGCACCAUCACACUCCUGUACUAUUACUUGAACUUGCUCAUGGUCCAUAUCGAUAUUUGUUCUAUUGUUUUGGGUGUAGGGAGCUAGAUUUUUCAUUAGACACAUGAGCAGGUUGCACACAGGUCUCACAUAGUACUCACUCACAGUCAGUGCAAGGUAUGCCCCCCCCCCCCUUUCACAAUUGAA